AGCAGGUCUCCGCUGUGAGUGAAGUUAGCUAGCUAACGUUAACUAAAUGUUUGCUAUUUUACAGUUUAAAUAUGUAUAAUUAAUGCAGGCAUUCACAAUAGUAUGUAAUAUAUAAUUACUGUCUAGAUGUAAACCAGGAAUAAGAGCAAAUGCUUUACCUUUGAAUCGGGAGAUGCCAUUGCAUGUAACUUAGCAGCUAGCUGGCUAACUAAUGUUAGCUACCUAUCCAGUCGUUAACGUCUCGGCCAAAAUCGUGAAAAACAUGUUUACUCCGUCAAGACAAAACAGAGAAUCUGCUUAUUUUAAUGAAGAAAGUCAAUUUGGUGGAGAGUCAAUUAUUUUCCCCACAUUGAAGGCUUUGAGGACAAGCGACCCAAUACCCAGGCGACUCGUUGAAAGCCCAGCCAAGGUUUUUGCGAGGAUGAAGGCUAGAGUUCAGACAGAGAGAAUAGCGGUUGAGAAUGAGGGGACCAAAACACCUAAACCUGUCCAAGAAAAACGAGUUAGAGGAAAAAAUGUCAGAGAAAAGCGAGUCCAAGAAAAACAUGGUGGAGUAAUGAGUUCGCCAAGAAAAAUACAUCAGCCUUGGGUGAACUAUGAACAAAAGGAAAACGAGGACCUUGAAUUCACUAAUGAGGCAGAGGCUCUGACCCUUUCACCAGGUCAAUCACCAAGGAAGGGCUUGACGCAUCCAUACUUUGUGGUCCACAAACAAGACCUUCAACGACCAUCACCUCAGAAAGACAUGGGUAGUGCAUUCAAGCCAACCAACAGAAAUACACCCAUGAAAGGCCCACCUCUGGAUGCUUUCUCAGUAGCAUGGUCUCCAAGGAAAGCGUUGUCUCAUCCCAAGGAAAGCCAGACCUUUGACUUCACUAAUGAGGCUGAGGCUCUGACCCUUUCACCAGUUCAAUCACCAAGGCAGAGUUUGACACAUACGUACUUGGUCCACACAGAAGACCUUCAAAGACCUUCACCCUUGAAAGACAUGCAUAGUGCAUUCAAGCCAACCAACAGAAAUACACAAAAUAAGGGCUUAACUCUGGAUGCUUUCUCAACACAGUCCCCAAAGAAAGCUUUGUCAUACCUGUACACUCAACUCAGCUCAAAUGACAUCCAACAACCAGCCCCCCCAAAAUACUUCAAAGGGGCCUUCCAGACAACCAACAGAACUACACCAGUGAAAAGGUCAACGCAAAGGUCGAAGUCAACUGAAGAUUAUAAUGGAAAAACUGCAUUUGGGGCACAUGACAUUGUACAAGAUCCUUCGGUUUUCAGGUGUCAUGUUGCUUUGGAUAGACUGCCCUUUCUGGAAUCUCCAGCAAAUAUGUGUUCUCUCCUGUUAGAGAGAAGGCAAAAGAGGGACCAACAAGAUGGUUAUCAAGUGAGCAGCCCGCAGGAUCCCAUAACUGGAGGAUGUGCCCGUGUGCGCAGCAUGUCGACCCCUGCACAUGUCGCCGGGGGGAAUGAAGAGGAUGCCAGUGUGAAUGUGACCUGUGGUGUCGCCGCAGUGCCCACUAGCCUAUCAGAGACCAGUGUUCCCUCGAGUCCAGAGGCCGGCCCCAGCCAGUGUGGGUACUACUGUGCCGAGCCUCCCCCUAGGCCCCUCCCAGACCUGGUGCACGACCACCUCCUGCAGGUCUCACCAAAGAUCUCCAUCCCCAAGAAGCAAGAGGCUGUAUUCCAAUCCAAGCAGAUUGCAGAGUCCAAUGGAUCUAAUGCUACAGGAAUUCACCUUAGGCGCUGGAUCCUGAAGGGUAGUAGCAGCAGCCUGUAUGUGGAAGGUUUCCGUGCGGACAACAAAAUGCCCUGGCAUAGCAACACCAUCGCAGAGCGAAUGUCAAGCAACAUCCUGAAAACCACAUCGGGCAGCACUUACGUCCUGGUGGGGAAAAUGGCCCCGGAUCUCAGCGGAACUCAACUCCCAACAUGGCUGUUGAAGAAGUUUCUCUUUGGCUUCCCAAAGAAUUGGAAGGAAUACCUUGAGCGCUUUUUGUCAGAGCCGAAAGGUUCAGAAGCUGACAACAGUAAAGGUCCAAAAGGGAGCAAGGACCUGGUAACGCCCCAGAACCAAAACCACCUCUCCACCAAGAUGCAGUCUUCCACAUCCCUGAAGCUAAAGGCCACUAAGAGACCUGCUCCUUGCAGUGCCACCUCUGAGGCGAGCCGUGCUAAGGUUUCCCGGAGUGGCCGCCUUCUCAAGACCCCUCUGGAGUACUGGAAAGGGGCCAGAGUCAUCUUGGAUUGUGACAUGAACGUCACCAUUCUAUCAGGUUAUGACGAGUCGUCCAUCCUUCAAUCGCGAAUAAGUACACCUGUAGCCAGAAAAUUGUCACUGCUACCACCAAAAUCAGCCAAGGUGUUCUUAACUCCAGCAGAAGAGCGGCUGCGAGGUGACACCAGUGAGGAGGCUGUGCCACUGAGAAAAGUGACGGCCUAUCACAGGCCUCAGAGGUCGAAGCCAGAGAAGAACCCCUCUCCCGGGACCCCCAAGUCUCAGAGGGGUAAGGCUGAGGACAACCCCACUCCCAGGGGCCCCGAAAGGCCCAAGAAGACCAGCCCAGAGCCUCCCAGGUUCAUAUCUUUAGAGAACCCCUCUAACAGGGGCCACGGAAGACCCAAGAAGACUAGUCCAAACUCUCAGUGGUCUAAGCCUGAGAACCUCUCCACCAGAGGCCCCGGAAAACCGAAGAGGGCCAGCCCAGCAUCUCUGAGGUCCAAGUCCGAAGUGAUCCUCUCUCCUAAGCACCUGGGACAGCCCAGGAAAACCAGCCUAAGGUCUCAGAGUGCAGCAGCGCCGGCCGCAUAUGCAGACCCUGCCCCACAAUUCCUGACCCCUCCACAUCGCUCCCUCCAGGGCGCCAACAAACAGAGCAGCCAUGACGACUCGGACAACACCAAUACACCCACAGAACUGUUGCCAGGGAAACCGAUUAAGGGUUCAGAUAAAGCAGACCGGAAAGUGCUUGAAAUGCCAAAGAUAAGGGUUAGUCGUCAGAAGAAGCUCCCAGCGAAGCUCCAUAAUGACAUUGAGAUGGAGGGGAAAGACACAGGGAGUCGUGCGCCCACAAAGACCGGGUCAGCUGCCAUGGGUAGGAGUAGGAACGUUCAGGGCAGUGGAAGUGGUACUGCCGAGGAGUCCCAGUCUGAUGACAAUUUCGCACCUAAGAAAAGGCCUAAGGCAAAGGCAGUCAAAUCAGGACCCAUAAAGCCACGGGGUAUGAGGACAUGUGGAAGGGUUCCGAAAGGUUCCGAAUCAGCGACGAGUCAGUUGUUGACUUCCUCGGACGACUGUAAGAGGGAAUUGACGAAAAGGGCUGUCCCGCAGACACCAAGAGAAAAAGUGGGAAAAUUUGCCAGGGUUCAGCAGGGAAAAAAGGAAGAAAAUGCAGAUCAGUGGACAGAGGCGGAACUUCUGAGACUACAUGAGGCUGUUACAUCAUUUCCUAAAAACAUGAAUAACUUCUGGUUGAACGUUGGCAUGGGGGUGGGCACCCGUUCAGCCGAGGAGUGCCAGGAGCAGUACAACGCCCAGGCCGCCACCAAGUCCACGAAGAAAAAGGAAGUGCCCCAAAAGAAGGAGCUAUUGACGGAACCACCCCGGAUAACCGCGAGAAAGGGCACACUGAAGCGGAAGCAGCAGGUGAGGAACCUCCUGGACCACAUGCCCAAAGACGACCACGAUGACAUCUUCAACAGCUCUCCCAUGCAGAACAAGCGGGUCAAGUUGCCCACAGUGUCUCCCAAUGGGAAAGAAGAUGUGUUCAUGCGCUCUGAGCAGGACCCACAAACCCCCAGUUCAUCACGCUUCCCAUCAGUGAAAACUCCUCAGUGUCUCCACAUCACCCCAGGCAUGAUGGGCUCAGUGAACCGAGGCAACGAUGACAAGUAUGUCUACCAACUUCAAAAAAAAAUGAAAAAAAGCCAAGCUAAGCUGCAUAAAUUGGGGGCCGCUUCAAAGCACAUGCCAACUCCAUCAGCCAAACAUGUUUUGAAGAGAUGCAAUAUCGCGGAGAAUGAUUCUUCUUUUGUGGUGUGGGAAAUGUUCCCUGAUAAGGAGGACCAUUCAGUGGAAAGUGGGGAAGAAGAGGACUAUUAUUUCAUGGAUGACGACUGACUUACAGAUUCCCCAUUGGUAGACAUCAGAGGCAAAUGGGCCGAAACGGGGAGGGAUCUACCUGAAUUUGUCAAAUAGAAAACGCUUGUUGUCGUUGCAAAACAUUUCUUGUUGCAAAACGUUUUGCUACUGUUUGCACUAAUGAAUACACCCCUUGUUCAGAUGAUUUCGUUUUAAAUCAGAAAGUGAAAUACUCCAAGAUUCUCAAUAGAUAAAUAUAGACUGUAUAGUAAUGUCAAUUAGGUUAUUUGAUUCAAACCCCACUGCUGUUGUUUAAAAUGUUUUGUUUGUAUUAUUGUGCCACUGAAGGCAAAUUUGUUUAUAUUGUGCCACAAAAGGCAAAGGUUUUUGCAAUAAAUGUUAGGACAAUUUUGUU